AUGAACGAUUCAACAUUGAUCGAAACAGAAUUAUGGUUUCUUCCCUUCGAUAUUAUUGGCAUCAUAUCGACUUCAUUAUCUAUUAUACUCGGUCUUUUAUAUUUAUUUAUUGUUAUAAAACAUAAAACAUAUUCAUCGGUACAAAUGCUUUUAGUAUGCAAUUCAUGCAUAGCUGUAAUCCUUUUAAGCUGUAUAUUACUCAAUAUGGCAAUAUUCACAUUACAACAUGAUUUACAGAAGAGCAUCUAUCCAAAUAAAAUUAUAUGGCGAACAGUUAGAAUUCAAUUUUGUCUUGUAACUGUAAUUUGGGUUGUCUGUAUCCUGUAUAGCCUUCCAUUGCUUUUGACUGGACAAAUAACUUACAAUAUUGACAAUCAAGUUUGUCAAAUGCCUCUUCGUCUAUCUCUACCGAUGGUCUGUGUAGCAGCAAUUAUCUAUAUGAUUCCUAAUUCUGGUAUUCUUGGUGUUUACAUUAAACUAACUAGAUAUGUUCAUCAGAUGAGUUUUCGUACUAUAUCAAAUAAUACUAUGUUUCAUGCUCGACGAGAAUUAAGACUUGUUAAACGUACUUUUAUUCUUAGUAACACUCUUAUAAUCCUUGGUUUGCCGUUUAUGAUAUUUGUUUUAAUGUCCUUUUUUACACCACCACCAAAGUACCAUUUUCGUAUUGCUUUUCUAUGUGGUGAUAUAUCUGUAUUGGUGGUUAUAAUAAUUGGAUAUUGUUUUACACCAAACAUGAAAACGAUUAUUCGAAAGAUAUUAUCUCGAUCAACUCCAGUUGAACCAAUGACAAUAAGAUUUACAGCUGGAACAUAA